CCGAACAACCCGCCACACUGUCCAGCCGCCCGGACGCCCUUUCGGACGUCUGUUUCGAUCUUUUCUUUUUCUCACCAUGACUGCGGCAGCUUCUGAAACCGUGUUUUUGUCCGCUUUACAGCCAAACACAACGGUCACCACCUACGGGUUCGACUCCCAGAUCGGGAAUGGGGGCUCAGCUUCGGACGAGAUGUCGAGAGCGCGGCGCGUGCAGCAGCAGGUCCAGAGGAGACUGGCGGAGAAGUCCACACUUCCGCGUCAGAAUGGGUCAGCCGCACAGUACGCCAUGUCAGGUAAACAUCCACAAGUCUCACUGCUUCACGGGUCCAUUCUUACUUAAUGGGAAUGUGUCUUUUUAGCCAAGGGCGCUAAUACUAAACACUUCUAGUCCCCACACAGACAGAAACAGGUGACGCUGUGUCUGACUACAAACCUGAGUUUAUAGCCUUACAACCGGUUAUUCAUCAGUUGUGUAGACAUGCAGCUCAAGUCUUUAUCUGUCCUCUCAGAUCUCUAAUGUUGUUUCAUUUGGCUUUACUCCAGUUGAAGCUUUUCUGAAGGGGCUCCAACCAGGAAUUGUGAUUUUCAACAUCAAAUAGUGGACAUUGCUUACAGUGCUGCUGUUUGUUUUCCUGUUUUUAAUUGUACUGUUUAAAUCCACCCAAGGCAGGUGUUUCCUUUUUGAUUCCCACCCAUCUAGUUAAAUAUUUCACCAAUUUUACCCUCCGUUGAUUCCAAAUAAUGGUCUGGUCCACAGACUGUAAGAGUUUCUUGUAAUCGGUUAUUUUAGUUUCAGACAGAAGUCUUUCUGAUUUAUUUUAGAUGAGUUAGAACUGGUCUCAUUUGAAUCUUAAAGUGUGGUUGAUUGUGUAAUGCUCAGUAUAAGACUACAUAAAUGUUUUUCUGUCUAUAGAGCCAUUCUUCAGCCUUUUACUUUUUCUUUAAUUUAUGUAACUGGAACAAAAAAGUGAUUCAGAUCAGCAACCAGCUUUCACUAUCUUAUGAAAGAACAUGCAUGUUUUUUGUCUGGUGUCCGUGUGUGUGUUUCUGUGUGUGGGUACAUCGGAUUUUUGUGUGUUUGCUCGUCCCUGUUACAUUCCUUUGGACUCGAUUCCCGUCAGCUCGUAGGGAAUUUAUCUCUUCAGCUGCUCUGCAGAUUCGUAGCAGAUGAACCUGAGCUCCAGUCUCACAUAGCAGUGAACCUACCUCUCCGUAUACCUGCUCAUGAGAAAAGGGUUAAUAUGUAACAGGCCCAAACAAGUGCUGCCUUCAUGGACUCCCCUGAUAAGACUGACAUGAAAGCCUCCCUCUGUCUGAGAAGCUGGGUGUCAGGUCUUACUCAGCUUCAGGAGGCAAGGGUUCAAGAGAUACAUAGAAGAUGAUGGUGUCAUGAGAAAGCAGCUGUUGUGAUGUCUGUUUAGAGACGUCACAAUUUCAAACAGUGUCUGUCUGAGUCAAAAUCAGGUGAGAUAGUUACGCAAGCAGCGACUUUUCUCCAGCUUGGUUGGACAAGAGUUUACUUGCCUGUCACAACUCAUUUGAGAAGCUGGCUUGGUGUUUAAAUGUUGAGCCUGACUUGGACCUGGUCUUGUUUUGUGUUUGUGUUUGUGACUCAACCAGGUUGCAUCUUCUGGAUGUGUGAGGACAUUCCUUCACGUCUCAUAAUUUAGCGUGCUAUCCCUGAACUAUGCUGUACAGGCGAAGCAGCUCGAUGUCAGGGUUGUUUGACCUUUUAAUUCAGGCAAGAAUGGUCCGAGAAGAUGAAUUGUUUUUCACUCUUGUUUGUAGUUACAGCAUUCCCAGAGGCGCCUAUGUUACCUGUCCCGACUUAGAAAACAUACUGUUCAUGCCAAUUUAAUGACUGGAAUGUGGAGGGACAUAAAACACCUUAGCUAAAUGGGUCAGUGUUCAGUUUUACCUCCAUUUUAGUUGUCAAUUACACCUGCCACUUCAAACAGCCACACUGUAUGAAUAUUGGCCGAGCAGAAUGUUUUGUAACCUCAGUGUGUCCUUUGCCCUGGGCUAUGCCUGGAGGGAAACAUACAGUCAUAAAUUGUUGCCACGUUGUGUCCAUAUUCUUUUGAAACUGGCGCAAAAGGGAGAGAAGAAUUCCAAACAAAACAACAGCUAUCAUUUUAGUGGCUUGUGGCUUGGGAGAAGCUCAUUAUGAGCGCGUAAGUGUUGUCAAGAAAGCAUCCAGAGGACUUGCAGGAAACGCAUCCUCCUCAUGCAGGACAGCUGUGUGCAUUCACACUCGCAGAAAUGACUAAUUGGCGUUCACAGGUGGACAAGUCUGAGCAAAAAGUGAGAGGGGAAAGAAGAGGGUGCGUGUGUGGGAAGUCUUGGCUUCAAGACCAAAGUUUUUUUUUUUGUUCAUAAGACAACAAAGGGAGAAAAAAAUGCAGCGCUUCACUGGUGACGGAGUGUUCAGGGUGUGUUAUCGGGGUUGUAAAGGUGUGUUGGGCGUUGGCAGGGUUGGGUUGGCGACAGGCCAAGAGACGCGACAGUCAUUCGCUAUGCCAAUUGGUUUUGGUGUGUGUGUGUGUGUGUAAGUGCGUGUGUGUGUCUCAAAGAAAUAAAUGAAAGUUGAUGGUGGAAUAAUAAAAGUUCACCCUUACCGACAAAAUACAGAACAGAUUAACACAGUUGCCCACAGAAAAGCCUAAAUGUUUCCCCAGAUUAUACUAUCAGUAUAUUUGGGAUUAAGUGUAAAUUCAGUUGGAGUUUAUGAAGUUUUUAGCUCCCUUAGAGCAAAGUGAGAACAUGGUUAUGAAACAUGAUCAAUGUGGCCUGUUUUCUUUUUUUUUUAAACUGAUCACUGGCUUCUGCCAAGUGGCCUCAAGGCUGGUAACCUGAUUAGUCUUGUUCAGUCAGUCUAAACUCUGAUCUAACUGGGACAAUAAAACAGUCAUUAAAGUUGUUUUUUUUUUUUUGAUAGUUAACUAUUCCUGGAGGAUGGGGGGAGGCCGGCAUUCAGCGCAGUCAUCAGAUUACUAUUAGUUUUAGUUUUGUCUUUUUCGUUUGUGAUCAAAUACCUACAUUUUCGGACAUCUGUCAUCUACCAGAUUUGUAUUGAUAAUUGACAAGCACAUUUUAACAUGCUAACGCCACAUUUAGAUGGUACUACCUCUCAAAAUACUUGCCAAACCUCAUUAUGGUAGCAUUGCUAUUGUCUGCAUCAGCAAUGCAAUCAAGACACAACAAAAAAAGCAAACAAAAGAUUUUUCGAUGAUCCCCAGUUGAGUUUCAGCGUCAUGCUUACCAAACCAGACAGCACAUAGGGGAUGUUUGCCUGCAGGUAUUACCUUCAGAAAGCAGAAAAACUUAUGCAAUGUAGCAGGAGAGGUGACAAAAAUAAAGGUAGCUGUUUAGGGUUGAUUAAACAAUCAAAGAGAGGACUUUUCAUGGGAGCUUGCUGUGAACCUUGCGUAAGGCCAAAACUUAUCUUUGUCUGCUUAUUCAACCAGAUCAUCUUUUUUGACACCCAUUCAAAAACCUCAUGUGCUUUGUUGUGCUGCCUGGACAGACUCCAGACUGAAACGGUAGAAGAUUGAUGUUUUCAGGCGUUGAAAUGACUUGGUUAGGUGUAGGAAAACAUUAUGGUCGAGGCUUGGGAUGGAGUGAAUGAUUUUGUCUAAAUUUCCAGUCUCCGUAAAUAUUUUUCUUGAUGGUUGCCAUUAUAUUCAUCUCCUGCCUGUUGGCUUACCCUGUUUUUCGGAGCAAAACAUUCACACACUCUGUGCUGAGACGGUCGAGCAAGUGUCUUUGUGUGUCAGAUGUGCUGCUGCUCUCAAAGUGAAGGGUAACCAGAGACUCAGAGCUGGUGACUGGUCAGCUCCUGCUGUUUGUCAUUGAAUAUUCAAUCCUCAGUGCUACCUGACACCUGCUAUUCAAACAGUACACUACGUCUUUCAUGUAGGUCGGUCACUGUUGUGAACGACAGAGGCGUGACACCUCGUUGAUGCUGUCAUGCUGAGAUUAAAUCUACCUUCGCUGUGUGAUACGGUAUAAGAUAUUGGUCAGAAUUAGAUGUACUCUCUUUUAACCUUUCGUGUGUAAUGGUCUUAUAGAGUAGAUCUUUUAGAGAAUUAGUCUGACUCAGUCAUUAUGGGAAAGAAACUUAAAAAAGUGGGUAUUUAAAUUGGGCACAAGCGUUUCUUAAAGUCAAAAGGAUUGCAUUUUUAUUGUUUCACGACUGGUCAUGGUCAACUUGAUACUUAAAUAUUAACGUUUGUGGCAACACUCACAGAUCAAUUAACAGGACAAACACCACUUAAACUGUCCUUGUUUUGGACAAGGUCACCUCUUGGCUAACUUAUGUUUUUUUUUUUUAAUGCAACUAAAGACUUUGACUCAAAACGACAGAUGAGAAGAACUUUACAGACCUGAAUCAGUUCUUGUAUUCUUAAAUGCUGCAUGCUAUAAGGUUAUAUUUCGCUACUACAUAGAUAUUUGAGUAAGCAUACUGUCUCAUGGCAGCUGCACUUUGGACUGUUAAACACUGAGAAUACACAGAACUAUUCUUUAAUUAGAAAAUUUAUAUUUCUAUUAUGGCAUGAUCAGCUUUGUGACUUUGUAAACACUGAUAUAAGAGCAUGUAGCUUAAUAAAUCAUUACUAUCAGAACAUGUGUUUUUUAAUUGUUUUACAGAAGUGUCCUUAAAAAGGGUCAAUCAAUACUGUGUAACCUUGGCUCUGAUAGUGGGAUGAGAAAACAUGUAUAGUGACAGAGAUGAGCAGACAACAACUUCAAUUCACACUUUCUUUUGAGAGUUUUUCCUGAUUUCACCUGAGUUUGAUCACCGACCUAACAAUGACGACUAUGAUUUCUUUUUGGUUUUUAUUGACUUCAUCUCUUUGUUUGCCUUUUGCACUCGGUUUUAUUUUGGUUUGGUAUUUUGAGAAAGGAGUUUAGAAACCACACCACAAACUGUAGGUCAUUGUUAGUAUCAUAGCUUUAAGGUUUUGUAGUUAUAAUGCAAAUUUAAGCAGCUUAACAUCAAGCCUAACACAAACAUCAUCCCCAUUUGCUUUGCCACUUAAAGCAUUGGUAGUUAAUAAUAUUUUGCUACAACACAAGAAAGUCUAAUUAUCAACUCAACAAACAGGAAGUGAUGAAAAAAGUCUCUACACCAUUAUUAUAAAUAGUUGACCUCUUGACUCGCUGAAACAGGAUUUAUUGUAAUGUCUGCACUUUUGACCUCUCAGUAUUUGCUCAUUGAUACAGUCAGCUGCUGACUCAAAACUGGAAAUAGGUUCAGCACGUCAAUAGUGCAUAAGUACGUAUGAUAGUACACCAUAAAUGUUGUCUUGAUAUAUUAGGACAUCAAAACUCUCAAUGCUCAUGUUCGUUUUUAGCUUGUUAAAUCAAAGUGAAUGAGAAAUAGUUAAAAUAAAGGAAAGACUUGAGAUUUUUAUUGAAGCAACAUUUAAUUUUCCCCUUGUAUAGAAGUAAUUUUUUUCAUAUUAAGACUUCUGUUUGACAGCUCUGAGUUAGUUUUCUCUAAACUGUAUCUUAAAAACAAUCACAUGAAAUGGAAUUGAAAUAAAGUUAAUUAGUUCUUUAAGAAUGGAUGUGUAACUAUGAGACGGGGCAUAAAUAUUCUAUUUACAGCAUUUUUGAUUGAUUGUUAAUGAAAUAUAAAAACAGAUAACGAAACUUGAGUCUUAAAUGAUUUUUGUUAUGAUGUCAUGACUGUGUUUUAGUAAUGCUAAUGUGUUUGUGUGUUUGUCUGCUUCCUUUCAGAAUACGGUGGGUCUUCAACAAUGAAAUACCAGACCUAUAACCCAGGCUUCACCUCCAAAUCCUCCUACAUGUAUUCAGGCUCCAGAACAAUGGUGAGCCCUGCAGUAUUAUCUCACUCUCUCAGCAUGUAUGAAGACAUCCUGUGGAAAUAAUCAGGCAAACGUGUAAUGGGUCACUUAAGCAGACGUCUAAAAUAAACCCAAACACAAUCGCCAACCCUCUGCUGGUGUCAGGAUGGGUCAGCCUGGACUCAACAGGCGUGGUAUUUCACAGGAGGUCGUUAUGAGAUCAGCUCAAGUUUUGAAGUCCUCCCUCUAGAUUCCUUUAUUUUUGAUGAUUCAACUGGACGGUGCUGGCUGUGUGCCUCAGAUGUUUUAGCUCUGAGCUAAAGAAAGAGCUCUAAUAUGCUCAUCAAUCUUCCAAGAUGUUAUGUUUUAAACAAUUAUACUAAAUCAAUCAAUCAGUCUUUAUUCAUAAAGAAAAUGUUAUCUUAAGACACUUUACCAGAAGAGCUGCUCUGAACUAUAGUCUCAGUUAUAUUUUUAUGAAGCUCCAACUUCUAGACAAGGUAAGAGUCUGUCUUAUCUUAUCAUGAGCUACCAUGACCUGAGUGGAGCACUUUUCAGCAUGUUGCAAGUUGGAGUGGCAAAGAAUAACUUCUCUUAGACAGGUAUAAAAACCUCGAGCAGAACCAAGUUCAUGUUCAACAGCCCUCUGCCAAAAUUCAAGACGGCUUGGAGAGGGGACAGAGGGAGAUGCAGAAAGAGAGAGUUGAAUAGACAGACAACAAAAACAGAUACUCACAAAAAAGGCAACAGCAGACUGGUAAUAACAGACUGAUCUUUAUGGUAGCUAAAACCAACAGGUCUAAUAUUAAAAUCUGAAAUAAUGACGACGAAAGGUGGAUGAGUCUGAGUCAAGUAGAUUUAAAAUAAACAUUCACAUUAUAUUCUGACAUAAAACAUAGGAACUCCAAAAGAUUUGUGUUGAGCAGCAUUUAUGGGACAUAUAAAUCCUGAACCAGCCCUAUUAAAAGCUUUUUUAAAAGGAAAGUUUUAAGCCUACUCCUAAAAGUAGAGUUGGUAACCUGAAGACCCUGAUUGGUAGAUGAUGCCAAAGCAGAGGGGCCUUGUAAUUGAAGACACCUCUUACUGUACUACUUUUACAGACUUAAGGUACGACCAGCAGGCCUAAGUGCUGGAACUAUGAUAUUCUGGUGGGGUACUAAGGUACUAUGAGCUCUUUCAGAUAUGAUGGUGUCUGACCGUGAAGAGCUUUGUUGGUCAGAGGAUUCUUUCCUACAUUUUAUGGGGAGCCAGUGUUGAGAAGCUGAUACAGGAGAAAAGUGCUCAGACUGGUCCAAUUGUAGUCUUUAAAGAAGAACCAAGAACGCCUGAUAAAGAAAAGUCCUGUAACCAAACCUGCAGAUAACAAAUUCAUGGACUAGUUUUUCCGCAUCAUUCUGAGACAGGAUGCGUUUCAUUCUUGAAAAACCCUGAAAGUACAAAAAGGCGAUUCUUGAAAUUUGUUGAUUGUGGAAGUUAAAGGACAAAUCUUGAUCAAAAAGACCUCCCAGAUUCCUGACAGUGGUUACAAAUGCCAGACUAAUGUCACCCAAGACAGUUGUACAAUUAGAAAAUGUCUCUCUGGGUUGUAUGAGGCCAGGAACAAUAACUUCAGUCUUGUCUGAGCUGAGCAGCUAAAAACUUUCAGUCAUCCAGGCUUUGGUAUCUUUAAGGCCUGUUUCUAAUGUUGUUGUUUGAUUGGCUCCUCCUGGCUUCAUUGAUAAGUAUUUUUUUGCAUAAAGUAAAAAUGUAUUGAGUGUUUUAUUGUAUUACCAAAAGAAAGUAUAUACAUAAAAAACGGUCUUAGCACUGAGCCUUGAGGGACGCCAUGUCUAACCUUUGCAUGCACAGAAGUUUUUGUUUACUGUAAUAAACUGAGGUUGUUCUGAUGGACGUGAUUUGAACCAAUUUAAAAACGGUUCCUGUAAUGCCUUUAGAUUAAUCUAGUCCGCAACAGGAUGUGAUGGUCAAUAGUGUUCAAUUCAGCACAAAGAUCUAACAAGACAAUUACAGAAGAAAGAAGACCUCUGUCUGAAGCAAUAUAAAGCCGUCCUUCAUUGAGAUUCAGUUUUGACCAUGAGUGCUGACUCACAACAAAUUCAUCCUCAUGCAAAGGUCACUACAGCACAAUGAAGCACUUUUAUCACACAUUUGUUUCUAACAGGAGCAUUUUUCUUUAUUUUUUAGGCUCCACGUAUAUCCCAGCGGACCGGCUUCAGUGCCCAGUCUGCAGGCCCUGAUAUGGCCCAGAUCAACAGGAUCAGUGUUGGGGGCGGAGGGUUUAGCGGUGGCGGCGGUGGUGGUGGUGGUAGUAGUUAUUACCGAGAAGAUAUACGUAUGGGGGGCUAUCAGGGUGGUGCCAGGCCACAGAGCCGUAUGGAGCAAGAAGCCCUCUCCAUGCAUGCAAUGAGGGCACAGACAGCGAAUCCCUGGAUGAUAGAUGGCAGUGAUGCUGGCAGCAUGGUGUCCGACAGGGAUGCCACCUUCACCCGCCAGUACACCCAGAGCGCCGUCAACGGCUACAGCAGCCAGAUGAGGCAAGGAGGGGGAGGCACCAUGACCUUUCAACAGGCUCCCAUGCGUCGAUCUCUUAGCGGCACUCUUUCCCGUGGUGGGGGGAUGGCAGGAGGAGAGGCAGAGGUCGUUCAACACCACGCCUACAAAGGCCCCGCUCACCGCACCAUCAGCAGGAUUACGAGCCGAAACAGGAUGAGCAUGGGCUCCGUGUCUGGGACCAUGCAGCAGACCUCCAGUGGAGGCACCUACAGUGCGGGGAUGGACAGGGUGGACAGAGGGUUCAUUGCACCUGGAGUGUCCUCUGCUUCCCAGGGCAACCUGAUGAUGCAGCGCCAGGGCACCCUGUCCCGCGCCAUGUCCGUCAAAAGCAUGCAGAGUGUGGGCAGAGGUGCAGACAUCUAUGGGAUGGACAUGGGAGCCAGCAUGGGCAACCUCAGCGGGUGAGGAUAACACAUGACCAAUAAAUUUACAGAGUUACUGCUUCUAUUCACACAGUGAUCUCACCUUGCUUUCAUUUGUUUAACGCUUAACCCUGAACUUUAACCAGAGCACACACUGAUGAUAACUGAUGAGAGUGAGCAGUCUGGUGUUUCUCUAUAACUUUCUUCUCAUCAACUGAGAAAACAACACGUAACUGAUACUACUGACAGAUAUUUUCAGUGCAGUAUAAAACAGUAUAGUUUUAUCUAAAGCAUCUCCGUCAUUGAAAAGCAAUAAGAAAUACACCAGUAAGCAUAUUUUGGCAUGCGUGUUUUUUAAUUAAUUAAAGUUAGGUGUUCCUUUAUGCUACUGCAAGAAUUAGGUCCUCCUGGCAGAUGUCGUAUUAAUUGGCUGCUACAAAUGAUCCAGCGUAUAUAGUUUGUGGCAAACUGAUGUUCAAACUUAUAUUAUUUUGAAGAUACAGAAGUUGCAGGAUCAUCUUGCACAUUGUUUUUUUUUAUUUUAUUCAUUUAUAACACUAUGAAUGAGAUCCUUUCAUUAUCUCAUGCAGAGAGAUGACGGCUCUGGUGACUCAAUUUAGCACAUCAGCGAAAUUGAGUGAACGUGAAGCACCAGCGUGUAACAUGUCAGGAGGGUUUAGAGAGAGAGUGUGUCUGUGUGUGUGUGUGUGUGUGUGUGUGUGUGUGUGUGUGUCAUAGGAACAGCGUAUUUCAUAAGAGCUGUGGAUUGGGAGGUGGCUCCAUAGUGGCAGGACUGGUUUUGGGUGUGGCAGCUCAGUUUCAGGCCUCACAUUUCACACAUCCCACAGCAUGUGGUUAGCCAGGCAGAUUUGUAGACCACUGUGUGAUUUGGAAGAAAUUCAACUCGCAGAAUCUUGCAGACCAGAAACAAAUCAUCUUUGAGUGAUUACUGUGGACCCUUUGUUGUUUUUCACUCAAACAUCCAAAAGACAUAUUUUGUGCUACCAUCUGUGACAGCAGGAUAAUUACAUAAUUGAAUGUCUAAGAUUCUUUGGUUGAUUGUAUGUUUGCUCAUUUGACAGGAUUACCUCUCUGGACAUGCAAACUGCUAUUCAGAACUUGGGUGAGCCCGACCCUGAGCUGCAGGUCCUGGGUGCUGCCUACAUUCAACACGAGUGUUACAAUGACAGCGAAGCCAAAAACGAGGUACUCGCACAGAUGAAUCUGGUGGUUUGAAUUCCUUUGGGUCUUUCCUCUCUGCUGUCACUUAUUGAGAAACUCUCCCAUGUAAAAAGUUUUCCUGCUAACGAAACAUCCGUCUGGAGACAGAGUUGCUUUGUUUUUUCCUCUGCUCUGCUGUUCUCCAUUUUAUUCCACAUGUUGCUCAAUUCACCAUCACUCUUAAGUGCAUCUGGACUCUGCCCUUAAUAGGUGUUGAAUGGCAGACAUGCAGGAGAGAUUAAAACCCUUAUCUUGUGGUGGGUUGGUCGCCUGAUUUGGCUGUGUGCUCUGAGCUCGUUGAGGUUAUUUUCAGCACUGAGUGUACAGCCCCUUGUGAGCCGGAUUACAGUCAGUGUUUGAUGAGGUUUCCGAAAAAUAAUCCCCAUGAUAAUAGGUAAAAGAAAAUAAAGAGCUCUUUUUUUAGUUUCACUUUCAACUUGAAACAACUUGAUACCAUUGUUUACAGUAAUAUGAACAGUCAGCGGUUCAGGUUAGCCAAUGAGGAAACAAGAUGAAACACUUUGGCUUGUCCAAAGGGGAAAAAUAUUAGAAAUAUGAACUUGAAAUCUUCAAAAUUCGGCAACUGGACUGUGUAGAGUUGAGAAGACGUUUCGCCACUUAUCCAAGAAGCUUCUUCAGUUCUUCAGUCCAGUUGCCGGAUUUUGAAGAUUUCAAGAAAACCAAGAUCUCAAUAAAUGAGAAUCUACAUGGACACAUCAGAAAUAUUAACUGUACGAGUAGGACAGUUAAUAGACCUCAGAACCUGUUGGAUUAUUUCUUUUAAGACAACUAUUUCAGAAAAAUGAAACCAUCGUUGUGGUAUUUUAAGAAACUAAAAUGCUCUUCACAAUUCACUCUUAAGUCAUUCUAAGUGGUUUUAAGUAAAUAAGCAGCAAUACAGUACAAUACGAUAAAAUGGGAUGUGAUAGGAUAGGAUAUGAUACGAUGAAAUACAAAACGAUAAUAAAUGAUACACUUUAUUAACUCCAGAUGUAAAUUUGUUUUGGAUUCAAGCGUUACUCAUAUAUAUACAUAUAUUUCAAGUAGAUUUUCUCUCAUCCGUAUCUCUAGGUACGUCGCCUGAAGGGAAUUGGCGAGCUGGUGAAGCUGUUUAACUCAGAGAACCAGGAAGUGCAGCGCUUUGCCACUGGUGCAACACGCAACCUCAUCUAUGAAAACAUGGACAACAAGGUGGCCCUGAUCGAGGAGGGCGGCAUCCCUCAGCUGGUGGAGGCCCUGAAAGAGAAUGACGAUGAGCUCCGCAAAAACAUCACAGGUAGGAACAUCCCAGUGUCAGUCAUGAAAAUAACAACGAGACACAACAAGCAGGGCUGAUCUCAGGCUGUGGGUUUUUUGUGCUUUUGCCACAGGUGAAAAAAAAUUGAAUGAAAAUGAGCUAGUCUCAACAUGCGAAUGCAGCACAGUCUUUGCAGUUAGUGUCCUUGAAAUGUAUCAGCAAACAAGUCGCCUUGAAAUUGAUAUUAUUUCCCAACAGAGAGGCUAGUUGUAACUAAAACUGUUUACAGCAACAUAGUUUAAGUGCCUGAACUUCAACAAAGAGAGAGUUAUGCUUGGCCUUUUUUUUUUUCUCACAGGAGAUUUGUUUCUUACACAGUCGCAGUCUAAAGAAAUCUUGUUUCCUGUCAGCUCAGCCUUGUCACCCUCUAGCACUGAGGAAUUCUCUGAAGUUCAUCUGCUGUCAUCAUUCACAAUUAUCUGUCUUCAGCUGAACUCGCAGUCAUACUUUCUCAUAACUUCAGCUUUGACUGAAAUUCCUUAAAUAGAUGUUUCAACUCCACAGUCUGGAGAUUUGUAUGUGUGAGUGUACAGGGGAAGGGGCGGAGCCGCAGUGUUUUCUAUAGGGUGUGUGAAGAAGAGGAGUUUAAAGGAGUGUGGGAGUUGUCUGGGCCUGUGGACCAACAGUAUAUCUGCCGCUCCCUUUAAUGAGGAAAGGCCUUGUCACUCUUUCCUUUGAGCCGUUACAACUUGAUUUGUAUCUGUGAGAUAGCUGAAGAGUCAUGUCAGUGAUAGAUAACAGAGUGAGUGUACCUGUGCACCCUUUUUUUUUCUGGGGAAUAUGCCAAAAUGUUUGAUGGGAGUCUCAUCUUUUCCCACAAAGAGCUUAUAUUUAACCUUAAGUCAUUUUAGUUCUCAUGUAGGUCUUUAACUGAAUUCAUAAGUCACAGUACGUUUUGGUUUUUGAAGCUAUUCUAGCUGAUUUUAUCACUUGAGGAAUAGUUUAUUAUUUUGCAGUAUAGCUUAUUUUGCUUUCUUGUCAAGUGCACAAAAAGAAAAUAGACACCGCUUUAAUGCCUGUGAGCUAAAUGUGAAGCUAAAGCCAUCUGCCUUUUAACUUUGGUCAACACAAAGACAGUAAACAGGACAGCUCAGCUAGCCUGUUUUUUCCCCGUCAGUGUCAUACUUCCUGUCCAGUGCCCUCAAAACUAAGAUCAACCUUUAUUCAUCCCACGACGGGGAAAUUCGCAACCUUCAGGAAGUCUCAGCACCUGGCCAAAAAAUAGUCCACCCUGAAAUUAACAACAAGUCCCCCUCCUGUUUUUGUUCAGAAAAGUUUUACUAGGAUUAUCUUAAAGAAACUAUGAGGAUAGUUCAGCCUUGUAAAUGCUCGCAGGCAUUUUCUAUACAGACAGGGCUGUUUGUCUUUGCUGUGUUCAUGCUGAACUAAGCAAAACUAAUGCUGCAGUUUCCCACUGUACAGACAUGUGCCUGUUGAUAUUCACUAAAUCUGACAAGAGAACAACUUGGACCAUUUCCCACAGUUUAGAAGUAUUUUUCUGAACUGAGAUUCUGGAGUGUUGUUGAGGUUACUAAGGUUCUCUUAUUCAGAGACAAAAUCAUUGGAAAGUGGAACUUCAAUAAGUUGCAGAGAUAUGCAGGACAAACACAUUUGUUGUUGCUGCUGUUGUUGCUAACACUCCUCUGGUGUGUGUGUGUGUGUUUCUGUGCAGGUAUUCUCUGGAACCUGUCUUCCAAAGACAACCUGAAGGAGAAACUGGCCCGUGAGACACUGACUGAUCUCACUGAGAAAAUCCUCAUUCCUCAGUCGGGUGGUGGAGAAACUGACUACAUCCUUCAGCAGACCCCGUCUGAGUCUGAAAUCUUCUUCAACACCACAGGAUGCCUCAGGUGCGCUUCAAUUAUCUGCCCUCGCUCUUUAGCUUUUUCCCUCUCUUUUGUCUAAAUGCUUUUCUCUCUGGUAGGUCUGUGUCUACUCUGAUUUGCAUGUUGAGAACUUGUUCUGUGAGGAGAGACAGGCUCUUGUGUCAGCUGACAGCUACUGGAGAUUUUACCCCACCCAUUACUUUUCACUGCUGUUUGCAGCUUUCCACUCUCCAGUUGUUUUGGUUCUGCUCAGUUUAUGUUCAUCUUAAACGGUUUCAUCUCGACAUCAAUCAUCAUCGGGGGAAUGUUUGCAAUGCCGCAUUAUUUUCUCAAAAAUGUCUCCAUCAGUUGCGUAUUUUCGCAGCACAUUGUCUUAAGUGGAAACACCCUCCCACACUCCUCUUUAUUUGCACCAUCUGGUUGGAGUAAUGACACGCAUGCUUCCUGACUGACUUAAAAAUGAAAUAACUCUCUGACCUCUUGCUCCCUCUGUGUGUGCUCAGGAAUCUGAGCUCUGUGAGUGAGAAGACCCGCCAGCAGAUGAGGGAAACACACGGCCUGGUGGAAUCUUUGGUGACCUACAUUAAGCUCUCCCUCGAGGACAACAAGGCAGAAGACAAGGUGAGACGGGGAAAAAUGUAAAGCUCACUCAGGCUGCUGAGCUAACAAACUCAAUACUUGUGUACUCAUUUGUCUGUGUGUGUUUUCCUAGGGCGUGGAAAAUUCAGCCUGCGUCUUGAGGAACCUCUCCUACCAGCUCUACAGUGAGAUGCCGCCAUCUGCCAUGAUGCGCCUUGAAGGACCAACCAGAGAUCAGGAUUCAGGGAGGGGAGAAGCUAUUGGAUGCUUCACACCUCAGAGCAGGAAAGCCAAAAAUGUAAGCCCGCAUGAGAUUUACUCCAAGUUUGAACUACUUAUCACAUUUAUUAGUGCCCUCUGUCAUCUUUGUUGAUUUAUCUGUAUCUGCUCUGUUUGUCUGAGCUCAGGCACCACCCGUUUUUCAGGUAUCUGAGUAUGUAAUGAUGAUGUUAAUAAGGAAGGGAGGAAGGACACUUCAUAGUUUUUAGUGUGCUCACAUCACAUGCCCAUUUUAACUCUGUCUUGUAUUCCUCUCCCCUUGAUAGCAAAAGAACCAGAGUCUGUCCACUUUCACCGAGGUUGCUCGGGUACCAAAAAGUGUGGAGUGGCUGUGGCACCCACAGAUCGUUGGGCUGUACACUCGAUUGCUGCGUGACUGUGAGAUCAACUCCACCACCCGCGAGGCAGCUGCUGGAGCACUGCAGAACAUCACUGCCGGGGACAAGAGGGUAAGCAACACAUUUAUCUGCUCCCCCGCUGAAAUCGUAAGAUGCACUAAUCCUCAUGUCUCACUUCAUCUUUUCUUUCAUUGUCCUGCAGUGGCCGUCAGUGUUGAGCCGGGUGGCUCUGGAGCAGGAGCGUGUGCAGCCUGUGGUGAUGGACCGUCUGCGAACUGAACGUGAUCUGGAGCUGCGAUCCCUCACAGGCUUCCUCCGAAACCUUUCUCGUCAUGCCAUUAACAAAGAGGCCAUGGGUACGUUUUUAUCUUUAUGGAUCCUUUGAUGCUUUUCCUCUAGUGUUGGACUUACUUCAGUUAUCAGGCCUGGUUAGUCGCGUUAAAUGAUAAAAACAUAAAGGUGGAAGAAUUAUGUGGCCAGUGUGUAACUGAAAUAAAACAGUGUGAGUUUGCUUCCUUUUAAGACACUUUUUAGUUGGAGAAAUUAAAAGUUUUAGUGUUUGUUACAGAAUUUACACAAGUCAAAUUCUUUAUGUUGUUCAAGUCAAAAACAAAUCAAGUCAAAUGCAAACAAGAUUGAUCCUGUUAAACCAUUAAUAUUUAAAUUAGACGAGAUAAAAAACUGAUUUAUUUUCUACAACGAAAAAUAGUGUUUUGAUUUGACUUGAAUCUUAUAGCACUUAAAAAACAGGUUUUGAACACUAACUUUGAACAGUGACAAGACUUGUGUUUGGUAUUUCCUGUUUCUUUCUUUUCUUUUUUUUUUUUGAACGACCAAAAGCCAUAACAACGUGAAACUGCUGCCUCCCAAAGCCACUUCCAGAUCCCUGUAAUUAGAAAAGUCGUGACAUUGCUGUGUCAGUUACAAAACAGCGUUCCUCUCACACUGCCUCCAUGUCUUAAUGUUUGUUCAACUUGAACCUUAGGGGGAUUUUUUUUUUUGUUUUGGUUUCUACUUAGGAUUCUGGUCUCUAAAAAUUAAGCAUUUACAGGUUCACAUGUGGCCCACAGAUAUGGAGUUUUAUUAACGAUUAACUGGUUGGAAAACAUGCAGUUUUUCCUUUUAAUUUCAAUGCAACCACUAUAAUUCACAUUUUUACCAGUGUUAUUUAGUGCCAAAAUUCAAUAAAUUCAAUAUUGAUAAAAUCAUUUAAUAAAUACAAAUAUUUCAAGAUACGGUAAAUAAAUGUUUGCGCAGGAUAAUAGAAAAGGUGAGGUUGUGAUGGUCGGUGUUAAACAUUAUAAAUAUUAUACUUACAAUGAAACUUGAUUUCUUCAGCUACAUCAGUGGUCCAACACCUGGUGGCCAAGCUGCCUGAAGACGGACACCAAAAAGUGCCUUCCAGUGAUGUGGUGGUCAACAUCUGUGGAGUUCUCAAUAACCUGGUGACCGGCAGCCAACUGGCUGCCAGAGACAUCGCCUUCUUUGACGGCGUGUCAAAACUGGUCUCAAUCAAGAACUCAAAUGACAGCAGGUGAGACGUCCGCAUAGUGGCAUUCAUUAAUCUUACAUUUUUAUAUUUACUCCACUGAUUUUGAAAGUUACUCAAGACACACAGGAAGACAUCUACACACACUGAAAUGUACUGUUUUUUUUAACCUUGGUGAUUUGUUUUUCUUUCAGCACUGGGAAGAUGAAAGCAGCCAAAGCAGCAGCCACAGUUCUCAGCAACAUGUUCCAGUACAAGAAACUACACAGCACAUACAAACAGGUAGGAGAGAAGUUCAAAGUCGGUGAUUACAGUGUUUCUAAUUAUCAAAUCAUAUCAAAUCAAAAAGAAGUCAUUUUGAACAUGAGUGAAUUUUCUCGAGAGUAACUCGGCUGCAACCAGAGGCGAGAACAAGUAGAAGCUUAUAAAAGCCAAAGCUCAGUGGAAAAGCUCCUCUCUGCCGUGCCCCACCCUCACUCUGCUAUCUGCACAUGUGUGUGUGAGCGUGUGUGUGCAUGAGAGUAGAAAAAAAGAGUGAGAGUGAAGGAGAUAAUUGUGUGUGUGUGGUGUGAAUGUGUGUGAUGGGUUAAAUUCCUCUCUCUCUCCCUUUGCAAGUGUCUCGUCAUUUUCGCGGCUUAUGUUAACAGCACAUAUGUCUCUGACUGUUCACACUGCCACUCUUUAAACACACAUACACCCCAAGUCAAAUUCAGGUGUGUCUCGGUCUUGGGCAGGACCAAGUAGCUUCACUGCCUUUUUGCAAAUCACAACUUGCCCCUCCUUGGGGUGUGGUGCUCAGUGUAUUUCCUAAUGAACAAGUCUUGACAGGGCAAAAAAAUGCAUCAAUGCUAACUCGACACAAAGUUUGAUUUGAAUUCUCAGAUGCUUUAACCACCGUUUUAGAUGUUGCAACAAAAAUAAGUAAAUUUGCAUGAGUGUAAGCCUGAAAACACAGAAAUGCAUCACUCAGAAAUGUUUGUGUAGUACUGUGAGCUCUGAGGUCACUCAAGGUCAAAUUUCUCGAUGAAAGGAGCCUUAGUUUGACACCUACGUGAUUUGAAGUGUGUUUCAUAUUUGAGGAAGUCAUUAUGUAAUCAUUUUUCUGUGAAUCUUGUCCUCACAGUGUUGUAAAAAUGUUUUGCUUGUUUCUUUGUUUUACAGAAAGGGUUUACGAAACAGGAUUUUAUAGAUUUGACCAUCUAAAUCUGCGCCCCUACUGGAUAAAUCCUUCACAAAUCUGGGAUUAAAUGAACUCCUUCUACUCUUCUGAGAUAACGUAGGUUCACAUUUUAUCUGCCAUACUUUGUGAUGAGAACAUGAGUACGCACAAGUGAUGGACGGUGGAUGGAUGGAAAAGGACCUCUGUAUGUUUUUUUGAAAAUCAGCGUCACUGCAGUUGAAGCAAUGUGGAUCCAGUCCGGCUGAGCGUUGAUGGACUGGGCUGUGUGCACCUUAAGCUUGUUCUCUUUGUUUGAAUACCGUUUGUUGUAGAGUGGCAUCAGGGAUAUUUUUUAACUGUCAUAGCAGAUUUUCUUCGGAUUAAACUGAAGCCUCCUGUUAACAUGCUGUUGUGUUGAUGAACGUGUGCCUUACCUUCUCACUGCUGUGCCUCUUUACAUACAUGCAAACAAUGCAGUGCUAACAAUGCAUCUUUGUAAAUAUUGCUCUCUCUCUCUUUUACAUAGAAUUUUUUUUUACUGCAGCCUUGUACUUUGUAUUUGAUAAGAUAUAUACUGUAUAUUUGAUGAAUGUGUGUUUAUAAAUGAGUUAAAAUUAUAACAUAGUUAUAGUUGAAUGUAAAAAUGAGACGAUAGAAAGAUAAAACUCUCAAAUCUUUAUGAAAAAGACUUUAAAAAGGUGGGAAUUAGGACUAUGCUUUCAAAGCAGAUUAUUUGGUUAUUUGUUUAUCAAACUCGUAGUAAGUGUCGUGUUAUAGAAAAAAGCUUGUGUGACCUUUGUAGUGCCUUAAUCUGAUAUGAUUCUUAUUUUCUUUUACAUGCCAUUAUGACAGAUGUUUGUAUUUUUACUAAAUGGUGUGAGUGUUAAACACAGGGAUCAAAGGAUACAGUUGUAAUAAUUGUUCAGUACUUCAGGUCUCUGUAUGUGUUCAUAAAUAACCAAUCACUACAUGUAUAACUCUCAGAUUAAAGCCUUGUUUAAAUUGAUUAAACUGGCAGGUAUGAUAGCUUAAAUUGUGUGACUUGUAAGUAUUCAAUCAAAGCUUUAGUUCAAGAAGUCUUUGAAUUGUAAAUAUAUCUGCUCUGUUGAAUAAAUGGUGAGCUUUGUGGGUGUUUGGAAAGACUGUUAAUAGUUGUAAACAGGCAGAUGCAUCAUCAGAUGGAUGUUUUUCAGUCAAUAAAGUGAGAGAUUUGGAAGUCAUAUGUCAUAGUGACGGUAUUUCUCGUACUUGUGUGGGUGUGAGUGUAUGCUGAAACAGUCUUGACACCAACGUGGAGAAAUGUCAGCCACACCCUGUUUACAUAUUUGCUCCUGCUCAGACAGGAAUGAUACAAUACCAUCCAUGCUGCGCCCUUAUUUAGCCUCUUAUUUCUCUGUGGGUAGCAAUCGCUCCAUGAGGACACAGAUCAGAGAAAAACAGCCUUUACCUCAAACUGCUUUAUUAACUAGAUUGUCAAGUUGUUACAGGACACGAGAAACCCCCCACUGGUACAGGUGUGUCAAUAACGGUGGGAUCGGCAGUCACAGCUCCCUCCUGAUAUCUGUGUUUCAGGUUUAAAUAUGUUUUUCACAUGUAUCGGCUUCAUCUUUCCCACUCCUCGUUGAGCUGUCAGCUGUCAAAAUCACACCAAUGGCUUCAAAAGAGGAACUCCUUCAUUGUACCUGACAGCACUCUGCCCUCUGCUGGAGACAGAGCUUAGCUGUGUGACGGUAAUACAACAUUUCUGAACGAGAACUUCUUCCCUGAUUCUCACAAAUGAUUCACAAAAAAUAUUUUACAAAACACAAAAGCAUACAAAACAGAAAAAAAAUUAGAAAUCUGUCUUUGUUAAUAUCAGACAGAAAACAAAACACAAUACACAAUGCGACCAAACACAUGGAUAACAUUGGCAUGGAUAAUUGCAGUAUAAGGCACGCCAAAGACGACCCCACAUGUUACUCCUCUGAGGUAAAAAUGGGACUUUGGAUCAUAUGUCCUGCUCAGUCACCAGGUGGUAGAAGUCCGAGCGUGCGCCAUAGUUGCGUGAUCCCAAGUCAGACACGUCGAUGUCUGAAGGUUUGGGCUCGGUGUUGUUGAUGGGAGCAGGAGGGAGGACGGGAGCUCUGCCGGCCCGAGAUUUAUACACAGGGAGAGAAAGCCCUGUGAAAACAAAUCCUCAGUCAGUGCGACAGUUUUAUUUCUGUGAAACUCCUUUUCUGUUCCCUUUCUUCGGUCUUUCAGGCUCUUCAUUGUAAACUUGCGCAGCUGGUCAGCUUAGUUUACCAUAAAGACCCGGACCGGGCAACAAAUGAGAUUCAGCCCACCAAGAACAAAGAUGGUGCAUUUCUACUCCGUCACUGUAAAUACCUCACCCCCUCGUCUCUGUUUGGUGCAAACUACUGUGACCAAAUCAAAGCUUUUCAGUGUCUCUCUGAAGAAGAUGAUUGGAGGAAAUCUGUAAUAGACCCUGCAGAGUUCAGGUGAUAAGGUGGCCAACCCCUCCCACUCCUGACAAAAACUCUGAGGCACUCGCCUCUGGCAGACGGCUGCAGUCCAUCAGGACCAAAACCACAGACCACAAGUACACUAUGAGGCUUCUACUUCCCCUUUCCUUUGACUCAGCCCCUCAUUCAGCCCCAAACCCUGUACAUCCUACUCUUUAACAUUAAAACAUCCUGGUCGCUGCACAUUAUCUGAGUUUCCUACUGCUGACUGUACUGUAUCCUCUUUAAGACACACUGUACAGCUCUUCGACACACUUUUAAAACAGAUAUCUGGAACAUCAUAAAAUAAUUCAGAGAUGAUUUGCCUCUAAUUUGUUGAAGUCAUAGAUAUUAUCACAUGUCUUUGGACAGCACUGACUCAGUUUGAAUCUAACUGAUCUAUUUAACUGCUCACUACAAGUAAGACAGCCUUGAGCCAUCCAUUAGACUUAAACUUCUGCUCAGUAUGUUCAGACAGAAAACAGCCCAAACGAGAUGAUACAGAGACAAGGUAAAUGCUCGUCAUACCCUGAAGAUCUGAAGCCUCAUUGUACUUGAGUUUAAGAUGAAAUGAACUUUGUCCUGUUUUAGUUGAUUCAAAGUAGCACAAGAAAAGCAGCAGUGAUUUGCAAGUCUCUCCAUCAGGUUUAAACUUGAGUAUGUGCUGUAAUUCUUUACAUUUUAUGUCCUAUUCAACAAACAGGACAAGACAUACGCAAGUGUUGACAGGCAUUUUACAUCUUUGGAUCCAAGUCAACACAGGAUAGUUGUUACAUAACAGCCUGCUUACUUCAGCACAUUGUCUAGACAAAAUCCACCUUGCACUGUCAGCAGUGACAAGACAGUGUGUCAUUCAUAUAACAAUCUGUCAGUUACGUUGGAGAAUGUGAACAAUUUUUGAUGUUUAUAGAAAUGCCUCACAUUUAUCUUUAUGCAAAAAUCCUGACAUUCAUACUUGUUCCACUGCUGUCCUUACCAAGAUCUCCAGCAGGGUCUGUGUCUGAGCGGCAGUCAAGGUAGUCAGGGUUGAGGGUCAGCAUGGGGUCCUUGUCAUCUUGCAGCAUAGUCUGGGGGUCUCCUGCAGACUCGCUGUGAAAGACCACCCUGCGGGGCAUUGCUAAGGCCAGCUCCUUCCAAAACACGGAGGAUGGAG